UUUUCACUCAGCUGGUGUUGUUAUUUGUUUUCCCACUCAGUAUCCGGAACCCUUCCUGUUCUGAUUGGCCAGUAGUGUCCCGCCUCCUUCGCUCAGAUUGGCCAGGCGUGCAUCGUCUCCUCUGAUUGGCUGAUAGCCUGCUAGUGUGAAUUCGCAGCCAGUCCGUGCUCCGGAGGGCGGGGUGUGCCGGAAAGCGGGUGGGAAAGAAAGGCAAACGCUCUCGGCUUGUUGUCCUGAUAUCACUCCGCUGCCAUGGAGGAGGGGAGCGCUUGAUUAUUUUGAUGGUGGCGGCGGUGGCGGCGAGUCUGGGGACUUUAUUUUAUGAAUUUCUCGCUUUAUUUUGUGGGGUGAGGAAGCCGCGCACUUUGUUUCGGGGCGGUUUUAACGAGCUAAAGCACAGAAAAGUGAAAAAGUAAUGACAUGCAAGUUCACGAAAGUACUCUGGAGCGUGUUCGCUGCAGACGGAGAAACUUUUUUCUGGCCCCUCGACACGGAGAAGGCAAGCCGGCGGGAGAGAGGCGGUGUGCAGCGGCGGCGGUGGUGGUGAUAGUGGCGGUGAAGAUGAUGAUGAUGAUGAUGGUGGUGGUGAUGAUGAAGACAGUGGUCAUGGUGGUCGACUGUAACCUCCGGAUGUCUCACGCGUUAGGGGUGAGAGUGUAGCCUUCCGGCGGCGGGCGAUAGAGAGAGGGGGGUGGGGUGGGAGGUUGGAGGGGCUUGAGGGUUGAGGUGUGGGGGGCAGAGAGACGGUGGACUGACCCCUGGACCUGGUCCUUGUCCUGGUCCUUGUCCUGGUGCUUUCACGCUACUUGAUAACUAGCUAGCUACUUGCAGCGAUUGAUUAGUGGACCCUGGUGGUGGGCAUUGAUUGAUUGAGAGGUUGGACCCUAAGCUUGGACCCAUUCAUUCGUCUUUAUGGGCUUUAUGACUGAGCUCUCCCCGAGAUCUGCUCUCCAAGCCCCGGCUCUUUCUCUCCGGCUCUCUCCCUCCCUCCCCCUCCCGGAUCCUCGGCCAAGCUGAGCCGCUUUUGGAGAGGGGAGAGCGGGGAGAGAGGGAGUGAGUAGAGCGGUGGAAGACUAGCAACUACAAGAAGGACUAGAAACACUAGAAGGAGUCAAUUCUGGUUCUGUUUCUAGUUCUGGUUCACCCACUACUACAACACCACCACAAAAGUUCUCCCUAACCAGUAGCACAGAUGAUGGGAGAUUUCGCCAGCCCUGCAGCCGCGAACGGCGGCGGCGGCAGCCUUUGCAUCAACAGCAGCGCGGUGAACCUGAACGCCGCUCUCGGCGCUGGCGGUAGCGGCAGCGGCGGGGCUGCUAACAGCGGCGGCGCCGGCAACAACAACGGAGCUAACGCCGGCGUCCCCAAGCACAGCACAGUGGUGGAGCGGCUCCGGCAGAGGAUCGAGGGCUGCCGGCGGCACCACGUUACCUGCGAGACGCGCUACCAGCAAGCACACGCGGAGCAGCUGGAGAUCGAGCGGCGGGAGACCGCGGCGCUUUACCAGCGCAGCCUGGAGCAGAGGGCGAAGAAGGCGGCUAGUGGCGGCGGCGGAGGCGCUGGUGGUGGCGGCAGCAAGCAGGGCAAGCAGCAGCAGCAGCAGGAGCCGGACGCCGCCGCUGCUGCUGCAGCCGAGCAGAGGAGCAGCACUCUGAUAGCGCUCCAGGAGACCGUGAAGAGGAAGCUGGACAGUGCUCGAUCUCCACUGAAUGGCGACCAGAAUGGGAUCUGUGAUGGAAACUACUCUCCCACGACAAAGAGGUUACGUAAAGAAGGGAAUGGUGGACUGGACUCUUUGGGCACUUUGCCCAACAGUGUACCCCCUAUCUCUCCACUUCACCAAAUGGACAUCAAGCCCACAUUGCCUACAGUAAAUAAUGCAACGUCUAAUGGCAGUGCUGGAAAUAACCAUAUUACAGGGCGAACGGAGGAUUUAGGCAAGAACGGUGGCAUGCCAGACAUUAAACUCAAUGGGUCACUGGAUUUAGAAGAUGGCUUUAGCCUUCUAAAAGAGAUGAAGCAAGAGCCAUUGGACGAUCCAGGUGGGAUAGAAUCUUCAGACACUUCGUUGUCCAAUCAGAACAAGCUGUUUUCUGACAUUAAUCUGAACGAUCAGGAGUGGCAGGAGUUGAUAGACGAGCUGGCCAACACGGUUCCUGAAGAUGACAUGCAUGACCUUUUCAACGAGGACUUUGAGGACAAGAAGGACGUUGGUGACUUUGCACGUCCAACGACGGAGCAAACUCACCAUCCACAAGAGCCUGUAGCUCCUCCAGUUGCCUCAGCGCCCAGUAACCCAUCGCAAACACAGAGUGGACAGAUGUCUAUGGGCUCACCACAGGUGCGGCCAGCAUCAUCUGGGCCACCAUUUGCAACUGCUGCCAAUGGCACACCACCACAGCAACCUUUGCAGCAGUCGCCAGCAGUUGCAAUGGCAUCGGGGUCUCCGGCCAACUGUGUUGCUCGUUCUCCACAAACUCCUACCCAGGCCCAGACACAAGCCUCCAGACCUGGAAACGGUUUUAUAAUGAAUCCGGGUCCUGGGGUAGGUCCUACGGGGUCAGCUCCAGUAGCUCCAGGAGGCCCUGGACCAGGAGGAGGAAGUGGACCAGUUCCUGUACCUGUUCCACCAACCACAGAACUCUCGCCGGCUGAGCAGCUGAAGCAGAUGGCGGCGCAGCAACAGCAACGUGCCAAGCUCAUCCAGCAGAAACAACAGUCGCAGGCUGCUAGCUGGUCCCCCGCAGGGGCACCGACAAGUCCUUACGGAGGACCUUUCAAUCCUGACAAGCCAAAUAGUCCCAUGAUGUACCCGCAAGCCUUCAAUGCCCCCAGCUCAAUGGUGCCCAAACCUGGCAUGAAUAACUACCUCGCCCAAAACCAUAUGAACAUGUUGAACCAGCAGCAGCAACAGCAGCAGCAACAACAACAACAACAACAGCAGCAGCAGCAACAACAGCAACAGCAGCAGCAGUCUGUCAACCUGGCCGCACAGAACGCCCUGAAUAAACAGCUCUCUUACAGCAACACCAAACCAUUAAGUCAUUUCAGCGCCGUUGACCACAUGAAUCAGCGGAUGACCCCACCCAUGGCCAGCCAAGCCAAAAAUCCCAUGUUGCCCUAUAUGCAGGGAGCAGGGGGACAGGGUGGAGGGCCACCCCCAGCCCAAGGUCCCAUACCUGGCCAGACGGCACAUCUGACAGAAGAGCAGAAGAGAAUGAUGAUGAUGAAGCAGAAGGUGCUUGGCCAGGGUUUGCCGUAUAGUGCGAUGCAGCAACAUGCACAGGAACAGGGCAUGGUGGGCAUGCCACGCCAAGCCGGAGGCGUCCAGCCCCCUCACACAGGUCCAGGGGGCGUGGCCACUGCUGGACCCAACGGCACGGUACCAGUGGCAGGACCAGGUGCCUACAUGGGCAACCAACAGCAGCAGCAGCAGGCAGCCAUGAUGAAGCAGAUGAUGGCUAUGGAGCAGGAGAAGAGAGUGCAGCUCCACAUGAUGGAGCAGCAGAAAGCUCAGCUACUGAGAGAACAGAGGCAACAGCACCACCUACUGGCAGAGCAGUUACAGCAGCAACAGCAGCAUCUACCCAGACAGAUGAGUCAAGCACAGAGGAACCCGUAUCCACUCCAGCAGUUUCAGGGCACACCACAAGAGAUGGCGGCGAGGAACCAGGCUCUUCAGAACAUGAGGAACGCCCGACUCCUUCAGCAGCAGCAACAACAGCAGCAGCAGCAGAACCAAGGCAUCCUACAGAUGACCCCGGUCCAGAACUCCGGUCCCAUGCCUGGUCAGGGGGAGAUGGGCAUGGCCUACGGAAGUCAGGCGGGUGGCCAGACAGGCAUGUACCAAGGCAUGAACUCGGGAAUGGGGCAGAUGCUCCAGCCGCAACACCAUCCCAACCAGGGAGCCAUGGGCAUGGCUCAGAGACCUGCAGGCAACAAUGGCCAGGGGAUGGUAGCGGGCGGUGCUGCGGGUGGUGGCUAUGGUCAGGGCAUGCUGAUGAACCCUGCGCUGUCUCAGCAGCAGAUGAAGCCAGGCGGCGUCGGGCAGCCCAUGGCCAAAGCCCAGGCGCAGAGACUGCAGAGCAUGAUGGGAGGUGGAGGCCAGGGGUGGCCCCAGCAGCAGCAGCCGCCACCGCAGCAACAGCAGCAAAAUCUUCAAGCCAUGGCUGGAAGGACUACAAACGACAUGGUGGCGUUUAACAGUAACUACCCAAUGCAAGGUGGGCAGCCGUCGAGGAUGCCCAAGCAGCAUUUUGCCCAAGGGAUGGGCGGCCAGGGCAUGGUGGACCCACGGGCCAUGAACCCAGCUAGUAUGGGUGGACCUAUGAUGCCACACAUGGCGGGCCAGCCGAGGACUGGGCAGCCACGGGGCAUGGUGAUGCCUGGCAUGAGCCAGGGCGGCAUGCCCAACAUGGCUUUCGGACAAGGCUCUGCCCAGGCAUUAGCGGGGGCGGGACCAGGGGGAGGGGCUUAUAUGCCUGCCGGUCAGCCACAAGGCUAUCAACGGACGUCUAGCCAGGACCUGGCAUAUGGUUACGGCGCUCCAUCGGGAGGUGGGGGCGGGGUUUCUUUUGGCCUAUCAGACAGUGCAGAGCUGGACUCAACAGAUGGCUGGAUGGAUGAGUUCUUCCCUAGUCAAUAGCCAACACAGAAAACUGUAUAGGUUUUGGGACGGGCCUGGGGAAAAAGUGUUUUUUAUUACGUAAAAAAGGAAAAAGAUUUAUGGAUGUGUUUUCGUUUCGCUGUUUUCAUUUAAUGUUCAACAACUUGGGGAAAAUAUUACAUGUCGUGUAUUGUACGUGUGCUGUCACUAUAUUUAAACCAACGAUCUCCGAGCUGUGCUCCCAUCUAGGAGCUGAGUCUCUUUAGGCUUAAUGAUGAUGUGCCCAUCUUUCCUUCAGUCCUGCAGUCACUUUUUCUAAUGUGAAGUUUGCAAAUCAAGUUUCCCUAAAAUGAAUUCUAAACAGAACGGUUUUGGUUUGACAAGAUAUCAGCCUCCAUCUUCAAACAUCUGCCUGGUUCAUCAACGUUCAACCAAUUGUGAAGUGUGUUUGGGUGUGAAUGUGUGAGUUAGUUUCUUUCUCUGUUUUAUUGCUAGGGAUGCACUGAUAAGGAAAUGCUGAGCAGAUAUCAAACAUCAUGAUUCUUUGUUUUGUUUUGCAGUAGUAUGGAACUGAUUCUCCAAAAAAAUAGUAUCACUUUUCAUUUAUUACUGUACCUGUGGCAGUGGCAGACAGUGGUUCUUAUUUUGUUAUGUUUAACUCUGAACCACAUUUUUUUCCAUGAAAAAACGUAAUCUAGGUUUACUGUAUCAUAUUAUACCGCAAUAUUUUAACCUGUAACCCCUUUAGUGUGAUUUGGAUAGUCAUAUCUGAUAUUUUUUAUGUACUAGGCCCUGCCAGACAAUGAUGGGAUGGGCUACAGCCAUCUAGUCAGUAUCUGGCAUAUGGUUAUGGAGCCCAGUCUGAGGCCAAGGACUUGAUAUCAAAUAUAUCGUCCAAAUCUGAUACUGAGAUGAUUCUGAUCAUCAUGUGCAUCCCUAUCAAUCACAUCUGUUCUCUUUUUAUUCACUCUCUAGAAUCUGAGAUUGUGGCCCUCUGCUCUGCUCUGUGUCUGCGGCUGUAUAUUUUACAUAUCUGUGUUUCUCUCAGUCACCUUUACCCAAGAGAUCCCUUUCAUUUCACAGUAAUUCGACAAGCCAAACAAACAGUUUCAUAUCAGCUUUUCUUUCUUUCUCUACUCUUUCAUCAUUCGGGAUGUACUGAUAUGGGAAUUCUGCACUAAUAUCCAACAGGGGUGUAUGAAAACAUCAAUAUCUUAAAAGUAUUGCAAUAUUAUCAAUCUAAUUCCUAAUUUACAUGCAUCAAACAUUGUCUGAAGGCCUUGUUGGGCAUGCUGAGCUUCACUAUAUCUUGGCAGGGCUACCAUGUAUGCUAGCUGGGUUCAUGGCCAGUAGAUACAGAAUUAGACGUCCAUGUUGACCUAGUCCCAAUAGCGAUAAAGAUACUCUUGGAGAGAUGUGUGUGUGUAUAUAUAUAUAUAUAUAUAUAUAUAUAUAUAUAUAUAUAUUUCAAGAAUACACCACUGCAACAAAUUGAACAUUAAAUUUUAUUAUUGCAUAUGAUAUGAUAUUGUAUUUUUUUAUAUCUCAGUUAGGGGUGUGCAGUAAUUUUAUCAGAUUUGUAGCAGAAUUCAUUCAUCCAGAACGUCAUGACACUAAUAAAGCACUCCACAUAUCUCCAUAUAUCCAGGAUUAAAGUAAAAUAAAUGAUACUGGACAGUUAUAAUCUGUAUCUAGUAGAUAUAUAAGUUAUAAGCUAUAUCCGCAGGUCCUUGCCAAUACACAGCCCAAAAUCACCAUACAUUUUUUCCAUCACUCAGUACUGGUACAUAGCACAAUAAAAAAAAGAAAUCUGGAUCAGCAUUUAAAGGAAAUAUAACAUCUAAUUCUGUACUUACCAGCAGAUACAUCAUCAAAUAUCAGCUGGACAUACAGGCCAUUAUCACAGCUAGCAUGUGUGGAACAUAAUCAUGUACAUGUCAGUCCAGCCAAAGCAUAGUGAAGCUCGGUAUGCCCAACAAGACCUUCCCUUUAGACUCAAGGCUCCGCCUUCAGACAAUGAUUGGCUCAGUGCAAAGGGGAGGGGUUUAAAUGCCUAUUGAUUAGCUGCAAGACCUGCUGUUCAGUUAUGAUGCUCAGUCUGAAACUGGGGGCGGGGCCUUCUUGUUCAGCCUAUCAGAUUGUGCAGAGCUGGAUUCUAAUAAUUUAAUCUAAUCAAAUCUAAUUACCUGAUACUGAGAUGAUUCAGAUUCUGAUAUCAUUGUGCAUCCCUAUCUAUCAAAUCUGUUCUCCUUAUCUUCUCACUCUCUCUGACAUGGCCCGCUGCUCUAGUCGUGUGUGUGUGUGUGUGUGUGUGUGUGUGAGAAAGUGCGCGAGAGUGUUUCGUAUCUGCUCUUCAGGCAUCAUGAUGAAACAUGAAUCACAGUCUUCUUUGUUUUCUCUUUGCAAGUCUAUUGUGGAUUUUCUGCUGUAGCUGGGCAACCGUUUGUGUGUGUGUGUGUGUGUGUGUGUGUGUGUGUGUGUGUUAACAGUAAUCAAAGAGACUUGGCAGCUACAAACUUAUCUCUCCGCUUAAAAUCUGGAGGCUGGAUGAGAUGAUGUUUUCUCAUAAGUCAUAUGGCAGCUAUGAACACAAGCAUGGCAUCAGCUCUACAGGCUAAAACCAUUCAGAUACACCAUCCAGAACAGCUUCUCAACACUGCGGCUGUAAAUGUUCCGUAUUUUCACAUGGAAAUGAAAUUUAAUCUUGUUUGAACAGAGAUUUAACCUGGUAAAAGUUGUACUAUAAUAGAGUGAUGUAGGACAGAUAUUUUGACAGCAUAUUGUGGCAGAAGUUUGAUUUUAUUGAAGAAUUUAGUCAUUCUAGGAAGGGAAUUUUAACAGAACGAGCCUGCUGCUUCUAUAGGCCUCAGUGGGUCAUCUUUUUUUUUUUUUUUU